AUGGGAAUCUGGUUAAAUAAAGAUGACUAUGUCAGAGUCUUGAAAAGGGUCAUGCUCUUUUUUCUAAUAAUGUAUAUGGCCAUUUUAGUGGGUACAGAUCAGGAUUUUUACAGUUUACUUGGAGUAUCCAAAACUGCAAGCAGUAGAGAAAUAAGACAAGCUUUCAAGAAAUUGGCAUUGAAGCUACAUCCUGAUAAAAACCCGAAUAACCCAAAUGCACAUAGUGAUUUUUUGAAAAUAAAUAGAGCAUAUGAAGUACUCAAAGAUGAAGAUCUGCGGAAAAAAUACGACAAAUAUGGAGAAAAGGGACUUGCAGAUAAUCAAGGAGGCCAGUAUGAAAGCUGGAAUUACUACCGUUAUGAUUUUGGUAUUUAUGAUGAUGAUCCUGAAAUCAUAACAUUGGAUAGAAGAGAAUUUGAUGCUGCUGUUAAUUCUGGAGAACUGUGGUUUGUGAACUUUUACUCCCCAGGGUGUUCACACUGCCAUGAUUUAGCUCCCACAUGGAGAGACUUUGCAAAAGAAGUAGAUGGAUUGCUUCGAAUUGGAGCAGUUAACUGUGGCGAUGAUAGAAUGCUUUGCCGAAUGAAAGGAGUCAACAGUUAUCCCAGCCUCUUCAUUUUUAGGUCUGGAAUGGCUGCAGUGAAAUACCAUGGUGACAGAUCAAAAGAAAGUUUAAUGAAUUUCGCCAUGCAGCAUGUUACAAGCACAGUGACAGAAUUAUGGACAGGAAAUUUUGUUAACUCCAUACAAACUGCAUUUGCUGCUGGUAUUGGCUGGCUGAUCACUUUUUGUUCCGAAGGAAGCGAUUGUUUGACCUCACAGACACGUCUCAGGUUAAGUGGUAUGUUGGAUGGUCUUGUUAAUGUAGGAUGGGUGGACUGUGCCACCCAGGACAACCUUUGUAAGAGUUUGGAUAUUACAACAAGUACUACUGCCUAUUUUCCUCCUGGAGCCACUUUAAAUAACAAAGAGAAAAGCGGUAUUUUGUUUCUUAAUUCAUUGGAUGCUAAAGAAAUUUAUUUGGAAAUAAUGCAUAAUCUUCCAGAUUUUGAACUCCUUUCAGCAAAUACACUACAGGAUCGUUUAGCUCAUCAUCGGUGGCUCUUAUUUUUUCACUUUGGACAAAAUGAAAAUUCAAAUGAUCCUGAGUUGAAGAAACUAAAAACUCUACUUAAAAAUGAACAUAUUCAAGUUGGCAAGUUUGACUGUUCCUCUGCACCAGACGUCUGUAGUAACUUCUAUGUUUUUCAGCCAUGUCUCGCAGUAUUUAAAGGACAGGGAACCAAAGAAUUUGAAAUUCAUCAUGGAAAGAAGAUUCUAUAUGACAUACUUGCCUUUGCCAAGGAAAGUGUCAAUUCUCAUGUUACCACACUCGGACCUCAGAAUUUUCCUGCCAAUGAAAAAGAACCAUGGCUAGUUGAUUUUUUUGCCCCUUGGUGUCCACCAUGUCGAGCUUUAUUGCCAGAGCUGCGAAAAGCAUCAAAGCAUCUUUAUGGUCAGCUUAAGUUCGGUACAUUAGAUUGUACAGUUCACGAAGGACUCUGUAACAUGUAUAACAUUCAGGCUUAUCCAACAACAGUGGUAUUCAACCAGUCCAACAUUCAUGAAUAUGAAGGACAUCACUCUGCUGAACAGAUCUUGGAGUUCGUAGAGGAUCUUAUGAAUCCUUCUGUGAUCUCUUUGACACCUACCACUUUCAACGAACUGGUUAAACAAAGAAAGCAUGAUGAAGUCUGGAUGGUUGAUUUCUAUUCUCCAUGGUGUCAUCCAUGUCAAGUCUUAAUGCCAGAAUGGAAAAGAAUGGCCCGGACAUUAAUUGGACUGAUCAAUGUGGGCAGUAUAGACUGCCAACAAUAUCAUUCUUUUUGUGCCCAAGAAAAUGUUCGGAGAUACCCUGAGAUAAGAUUUUUUCCCGAAAAAUCAAAUAAAGCUUAUGAAUAUCAUAGUUACAAUGGUUGGAAUAGAGAUGCUUAUUCCCUAAGAAUCUGGGGUCUAGGAUUUUUACCUCAAGCAUCUAUAGAUCUAACACCUCAGACUUUCAAUGAAAAGGUUUUACAAGGGAAAAACCACUGGGUGGUUGAUUUCUACGCUCCUUGGUGUGGACCUUGCCAGAACUUUGCUCCAGAGUUUGAGCUCUUGGCUAGGACGAUUAAAGGAAAAGUGAAAGCUGGAAAAGUAGACUGUCAGGCUUAUGCUCAAACCUGCCAGAAAGCUGGUAUCAGAGCCUAUCCGACUGUGAGAUUGUAUCCUUAUGAAAGGACAAAGAGAAAUACUUGGGGAGAGCAAAUAGAUUCCAGAGAUGCAAAAGAGAUUGCUACCUUAAUAUAUGAAAAAUUGGAAAAGCUCCAAAAUCAUGAAAAGAGAGAUAAGGACGAACUUUAA